GAGUUUGCUCUGCAUGUCUGCACUGCUGAGGCAGAUCCCUGCAAACAUCCCUCAGGACAUCCGGAAAAUUAGAAUCGAAAAUUCUCACCUAACAGAAUUGCCUCGUGGGUCUUUUGAGAAUGUUAGUGCCUUGGAGUAUCUCUGGCUCAAUUUUAACAACAUCACAGUCAUGCACAUCAAGAGCCUGGAAUAUCUGCCAGCUCUGCAGGAGCUGCGCUUGCAAGGGAACAAAUUAAGUUCAGUGCCAUGGACAGCAUUUCAAGACACCCCGACUCUGAAAAUCCUGGAUCUGAAGCACAACCGGCUGGAUGUCCUUCCAGAACACGCACUCCGCUAUCUGCCCAACCUGACCUAUUUAGAUCUAUCCUCAAAUCAGCUUACCAUCAUAUCCAGGGAUGUCUUCUACAACUGGCCUGUCUACCAGAGAAGCCAGAGGACAGAGGGGCAGAUAGAAGCUAUUUCCAAUGCUGUUCUGGCCCUCCACGACAACCCCUGGAUUUGCGACUGUCGCCUGCGGGGAUUUGUCCAAUUUAUCAAGUCGGUUGGCCCACCUAUUAUUCUGAUGAAUUCCUAUUUAACGUGCUCAAGCCCAAAAUUCAGGACAGGGAAGUUUUUUCAUGAAGUGGAGCUUAAUAACUGCAUGAAACCCCUGACCUCAGCCCUUGACACCAAUCUGACAGUCCCAGCGGGGCUAAACAUCACCCUGACCUGCUUUGUGGAAGCCAGUCCAUCCCCUGCUGUCUGGUGGACCUAUGCACUCAAACUUUUAAGGGCAUUUAAUGGGGCCCUACCUGUUGACACAACUUCCCUCUGCCUCUCUGCAGUGACCACUGAGCCCAUCAGCGAGGAAACCGUCCGCUCUGAGCUGCUGAUCCCAGCGGCACGGCCAGCAGACACCGGCAACUACACCUGUACAGCUGCCAACUUCUUGGGUAACACCUCAGUGGCCAUCAACCUCCGUGUGGUGGCCCCAUGGGCAUCCACCACUCCCCGGGGCUGGGCCCCCAUCGCCCCCGCUGAGCCGGGUGCCCAUGUGGAAGUGCGCAUUGCCAAGCAGACGGUCUACGGCAUCACCCUGGAGUGGUUUGCAGCAGCGGCGGCAGCAGCAGAGCCGGGGGAGACCUGGUACACCCUCCUGGUGGGCCGCUAUGACGCCGCCCAGAAGGACACCAUCUACAUUGGCCCUGGGGUCAACACCUACUCGGUGACCGACCUGCUGCCCGCCACCAAAUAUGAGGUCUGCGUGGCCGUGCGCAACCAGGCUCCCCGCAAGGGCCAGUGUGUCGUCUUUGUCACGGGCAGCGACGUCAGCCAGAUGGAGCAGCGUGAGAAGCUCAUCCACAUCGUGGUCAUCGUGUGCGCCAUGGUGCUGGCCGUGCCGGCCGGCAUGUACGCCUGCACCGCUGAGGCCCUGCCCGGCUGCCUGGCCCGCUGCCCCAGAGCCUGCCCCCGCCGCCGCCGCGGGGGCCAGGCACAGGCUGCUGGCAGCAAGGAGAGCACGCUGGACAGCAUUCCCGCCGGCAGCGAGGACGGGCUCUGCCGCCCCGAGGACAUCCGCGGCACUCGGCGGCCCCCAGCCCGUGAGGAGCCUGGCAAGACCCGGCCACCCCACAGGAACAGCGCCGACCUCUACUAGCACAGCCCCUGCCCGCCCUGCGAGCGCGGCCACAGCAGCACCUUUCACAGACCACCUCGAGCCACAGUGUGUGCUGGUUUUCUCGAAGGACCAUGCGAGGGCGGCUCUGUGCUGCAAGGACUCGGGGCACGGUGGGACACAUGACUGUUGUUUGCAGCAGGCUUGGGGAGCCCUGGGAAUGGAGGUGCCUGGCGUGUCCGGCCGCAGGUGUGGAGGUGUGCCUCCACAGCCCUGGGCUGCCCCUGCAGCACUGUCAUGGAGCAACGCACACUGACACAACAAGAAAACCGGCAUUGACAAAAAAACAACCCCCAAACCAGUAUCAAUGCUUCUGGACAAAGGUCAAAGGUCUCCCUGCACUCACUCACAGAGGCACGUCUUUAGUUAUUUGUUCUUCUUGCUCGCAGCUCUGCCCAGCGCCAGGUGCCAGCUUCUCCUGUGUGCCACCUCCUGGGAAUGGACAGGGGAGCUGAGCAGGGCUGUGGCCGUAGCCAGCAAUGAGUGGUGGGGAGGACUGGGUGAACACGAUGGAGAAAUUUUUUUUUACUUUGAGAAAAAUUUUUUUAUUUUGAACAGAGGUGUUGGGUUUGGGGUGGGUUUUUUUGUUCCGCUUUGUUUUGUGGUCUUUUUUCUUACUCCUCCUUAAGGUUUAUGCAGCCCUAGGAGAUUCACAGCUUUGGUUGUACCACAAACAGGAAAACUGCAAGUGCUUACCGAACACCCCAGUGUAAUACAGCCACAGCACAAGAUUUCGUGGUUUUUGCAUUAUUUUGGUUUUGAGUUUUUUUUGUAUUAGAGAGAAGGGGCAGGCUUUUUACUUGUGUCCAAACAUAUAUUAGAGGACUGUUUUAGCUUCAGACUAACUAGUGCACACACACACACACGCGCAUGCACACUCUAACACACACUUGUGCCUAUUGCUACACAAGUGUUGUUAAUAUAUUCUUUAAAGUUAGGAACCAGAGCCGGUGAAAAAUGAACAAUUUGUCUUUCAGAGGCAAAUACUGAACUGCUGUUUCCCCUCCCACGCUCCCCAUCACUUGCACCCCUUUUCCCAGGAUGGUGCUGUGGCUGCAGGGGGUGAUGGGGAUGCUCAGCCUGAACAGGCUGGUGAGGCAAGUGGACAGAGGCAGAGAACAUGGUGGAGCAGGGGUUUGGGAGCUGGAGGUGCAAACCAGGCACUUUCCCUAAAUGCAGACAGGUGCCUGCCCAUCCCACUGCUUUGAAGCCAAAGCUUGCUUCCUUGGUAGAGGCAAAAAAGCCCUAAUAAGCACCUAAAAGAAACAGCUUCCUGCUUGCAGAGCAGCUCACCGCUGUGAUUCUCAGGAGUCUGAGGACAUGUGACCUAUUAUUUUUCUUGGUUUGACCUCACGCUUUCCAGCACAACCAAAGCAUGUGGCCCACAGACCCACAGCCAUUGUCAUAUGCGUUGUUAUAGAUUGUCUAAAAAAUAAAAAUCUACAGUAGGCACCCCAGCUGUAAGCAGCGAUAGAACCUAAUGUGAGCUUCAUGCUGUGGUAGUUUGGAUUUCUAGUUGUAUUUUGUUUUUUGGUGUGUGUUUUCCACGCUGUGUCUCCUCAGGCCCCAUGUUUCCUCUCCCAGCACCUCCUUCUGCUGUAACAUGCUGCACAGCUUUUGAACAGAGACCUGUUUUGUCACUGCGGACUCUUGGUGUGAAUACUUCACAGGACUUCCUAGUCUUGUCAGUCUUUUAGUGUCAAAGCAAUAAACACGACAGAUUUUCAGAAUACACAGAUGUCCUCUGCUUCCU